UGAAGAGUCUUCUCAUCGACCUGGAACUGCCGGUAAAGAUAGUUAGAGCUCGUCAGAACAUAGUCUCCACUCUACCUUUCCACCGAUAUCGCUCAAUCCGCCAGAUCAUCAAGAUGGCUACCGCAACACUCGCCAUCCCUCCACCCAUCUUCUCUCCCUUUCUCGAUGACCAGUGCGGCAAGAUCAAUGCCAAGGGAGUAUCAUGGGAGGGAUACCAGCGAGCCAAGCUCGUAUCAGCCGAGGAGGUAACCCUGCUAAAGAGCUUGGAGCGUCAGCCUCGAUCCCAAAAGUCUGCUCUGUUUGCUCAACAAGGAUCAACAUAUGCCAAACUAUACAUCGAGCUCUUGCGAAAACUGCAAAAGGUCGAUACCGUUCAGGCUGUCCUCGUCGGGAUCUCAAACAUGCUCGGAGAACCCGACACAUUGCCCUUGUUCCACAACCUGCGAUCUUCAAGUGAUUCCAAAUCGGACGAUCCUUACGGACCUUUGAUCAAGUGUCUCUCGAUGCAGGACGAGUUUGUCCUCCUGGAAAGCUUAAGGAUCAUGGCUCUUCUCAUCUCUACCGAUCCUCAACCUCUCCCUACAGAAUCUACGACCCCCCUUCUCAACUCCCUCGCCAAGCUUACCAACUCCAACCCGUCCCCUGCCCGUGAUCUCGCUAUCCAAUGCCUUGGAGCUAUCCUGAGCACGAGGAAGAUUCGACAUGCCGUUUGGGAACACGAUUCGCUCUUGUCUGGCUUGAUCAAGGCUUUGAAGUCGAACCCGACACCUCAGCUGCAAUACUGGAUUAUCGUCUGUUUCUGGGAGCUAAGCUACGAGGACGAGGUCGCAAAGGGCGCUGACAAGCGAUUCAACUUGAUCCCGCUUUUGACGGAACAGGCUAAGCACGCUGCCAAGGAGAAGGUUACCCGUGUUAUCAUGGCUACCUUGAAGAACCUCCUUCUUAUCGCCCCCGAGGUAAAUGUGCCUUCAAUGAUCGCUGCCAAGCUCCUCACAUUGGUGACUUCGCUAUCAACGAGGAAAUGGUCUGAUGACGAUGUGAUCGAGGAUAUUGGGCUCUUGAAGUCGGAGCUCAAGGACCGAUUAGAGGGAUUGACUACUUACGAUGAAUACGUCUCGGAGGUGUCAAGCGGUCAUUUGACUUGGUCAGCGGUGCACGAGUCGGAAGACUUCUGGAAGGAGAACGCUGAACGUCUCGGUACCGAGGGUGGUGGAAAGACUAUCAAACAACUAAUCUCUCUGCUUAGCGGUACCCGUGAACCGCUCGUGCUGAGUGUCGGAGUGCACGAUGUGGGCAAGUUUUUGCAAUACGGCGGCGAUCGCGCAAGAAAGUUGGUGACGGAUAACGGUGGCAAGGUCAAGGCUAUGGAGCUCAUGGCACAUGACAGCCCUGACGUAAAAUAUCAGGCUCUUAUCACCGUCCAAAGGCUCAUGUCCCAAGCUUGGUCUACACCCUCUUAGAAUGACCAAUCUGCUCCGUUAUAUUUGUGUCCCUUUCUUGUAUGAGACCGUUUGAUCAAGAUGACUAUACCUCUGUCGACCCUCA